GGAAGUAUACAGGUGGCAGAAGCAGGAGCGUGAUACGCAGCUUGUGAAGGUGAGCAAGAGUGCAUCAAGCAAAGGAGCAGGAGGGAGCUUGGUAGAGACGCGCAGCAGCAUAUAAGAUAAUCCGAACCCCCACUUCCCAAAAUGGCUUCCACACUCUGCUCCAUCUCUACUUCGCCCCUUUUCUCCUCCUCCACGCUACGACGUCGUCUUCCCUUAGUCGGUGCGUUUUGCAUGCUCAGUUUGGGACUCUCAAAUCUCUACACACCGUUAUACUCCUCUGCCCUCAAAACGGGAUCCAAAUUGGGUGUCCACACCAAGUCCACCAUCAGAAUGGAAGGGAGUAACACCACUGUCCCCAGCAUUGUUGUCUACGUCACUGUUCCCAACAAAGAAGCAGGUAAGAACUUGGCUGAAAGCAUCGUCCAAGAGAAGCUUGCAGCUUGUGUCAACAGGGUACCGGGUAUUGAAUCAAUGUACCAGUGGGAGGGAAAGAUCCAGACUGAUUCUGAGGAGCUUCUUAUAAUCAAGACUAGGCAAUCCCUUCUGGAGGCACUGACAGAGCAUAUCAAAGCAAAUCAUCAAUAUGAAGUGCCUGAGGUGAUCUCCUUACCCAUCACUGGCGGAAAUCUUAAAUAUUUAGAAUGGAUUAAAGAGAGCACAAGGGAGUGACUAUCAAGUUUAUAGCCAGAGGUGUGGUUUCCAGAGUUCUUCUGCUCGUGUGUUCAAUAAAGCUGGCAAGUUAUCUAUACCGCUAGGCAAUGAGAAUAUUAUGUAGUGGAUGACGAUCGGUCUUGUGUUACUGCUAAUGGCUGUAAUGGUUUGAAUAUGAUUUUAUGUGAAUAGACAUUUUCGUUGUGAUUUUUGCACGUUUGCCAUUUUGUUCCUUGUUUUGUCUGA